AUGCUGGGUUCACGUCUCCCAUAUCAAUUCUCUCUCCCCAGGGACCCAGAUGACUCUCGCAUAGCAAGCAUCAAGCCCACUUUUCGCAGAGUAUGGGUGAGGAGGCCAAAAACUCUCGCAGAACCCGUCAAGGACCUCAGGCGUGAAAUCGUCUUUCGCCAGGCUGUGCGAAAUUUGGAUUCCAAUUCCAACACAAAGCUAGGGCACAAGAAGAAGCGCCACCCCUCUAAAUCCCAAGUCCUCACCGAGCUUCACAAGAUCUCUCCCACCCCCAAAAAGACCGACUCUGUCUCGCCGUCUCCCGGCAAAGAAGAAGCUAGGGAGACUUUCCGUCGCAACUCUGGGCCCAUGCCUUCGGAUGACAAUGGUGCUGCUCCUUGCGGGCCGACCGUCCCGCAUCACAGGCGAUUGAGACGAGGAGUAACACAAGAAGCGGAGGACGGAAGCUGGAGUACAGUGAGGGAAGGCGCUACAUCCGAAGCCGUGGUCGUAUCGAAGACGGAAGAGGAGAAAGAUGAGGUUUCGAUCGAGCAAGACUCGUCGGAUGACGACGAGAGAGAGGAACAAUCGACCAGUGACGAAGAGGAAGACUUGGAGAUUGAGAGGUGGAAGCAGCGCCGUCUCGCAUCUACCGAUGAUGAGCAGGUCUUGAAUCGUGGAGCAGCUCGCGUCGUGUGGCAACAGGGCUCAAAGCUGAGUUUUCGCCUUAGUGAGGGAAACGAGGAGGAGUCUACUGGGGAGGUGGAAGAGGCGUAUCGGCUUCUCUCUGCCGGCGGCACCUUAUCCUAUCGCCAAUCCCAUUCCCUCGCAUCUCCCCCAGCUCUCGCUGCAGAUAUGGCACCCGCCGAUCACUCUCACACCUAUCCAGAAACCCUUCACCAUACGCUCUCCACAUCCUUGCUGCUCUCGCCUCUGGAAGGUCAUCAGGGAGGGGCGUCUAGCGCACCUCAAGAUGAGGAGACCCAGGAUGUCCCGGCCCAGGAGGAUGAGGACUUUUGGAUUGAACGACAGACCAAGAAGAGAGCACCAUCGCCGGGAGAGGACGACUAUGAUGAAGAAUCUGAAGGUCCCUUGGAAGAGUGUGAGGGGGCAUUGCUGCCCGGGCGGGCAGAAGCGGGGGAGCCUCGAAGAAGUCCCCGUCGCCCGAAACGUAUAUCGUAUUGGGCUGGCAACUCCGACGAAGACGACGACGGUACCGACAAGGAUCACGACAACCCCGACAAAAAUGACGAUUAUAACGACAAGGAUGAUGACGAUUAUAUCAACAAGGAUGACAAUGAUAUCGACGAGGACGACGAUUAUACCGGUAUCGACCCAGCCCUUCUCCUCGGCGAGCCCCUUUCACAAACUCAGCAGCCAUCCCAUGACCAGCCAGGCGCGAAUCUUCCUAUAUGGUGGGAUAGUAUAGAGGAGUGGGAAAGGCCUGAAGAAGCAGAGAGCGUCGAGGAAACCGUCAACUUUGGGCAUCGCGUCAGGUCGUCGACGCCGCCAUCUCCACCAAGCCCUACCCCUUCCUUUUCCCGCUAUCCAGAGACUCUCAAAUCACCAUCCCAGCUCGAUACCUAUACAAUUAUAUCCGACACCCCCACACCGUCAGUCUCGCCGUUGCGCCAUGGCAUCGAUGGUAUCCGUCUUCAUGACGAUCCAUCUUGCGACGAUCCACCCAGCCCUUAUCCCUACACUGCUAAUCCUUCACUACACUUUUGGGCAGCAAUCUAUGACGUAGCAGCGUCCGGGGAUAAUCAGUCGGAGAAGAAGGAGAAGCCAGUGACACACUCAAUCAGCACUAUCGAGGAUCUUCGAGCCCACCCCAGCAACGCCCGCGAGGCUAUCGUCAUCCCUCAACUUGACCCAGCACUGCCCUAUUCCACAAGCACGCGCCCCUCAUUAUCUCCCGACCACCUUCCUGCCCCUUGCCCUUCGACACAUACCACAGAGACUACAAACGGUAGCGGCUUGCUUACCCCUGGACCGAAGAGAGGUCUGGCGAGAAAGACUUCGGAUGUUUUUGAGGAGGAGGAUAGGGAGAAGCCAGGGAUGAAAAGAGGGAGGAGAGGUGUCGAUUAG